UCAGUUCGGGAGUGAGACACAACACAAUUUUCGUUUCGUUUUAUAAAAAGGAAAAAAAAAAAAAGCCUCAACACAUCGCAAAAAAACCCAACGGAUUAAACAAGUGAAAACUCAAAUUAGAAAAAAAAAGAAAAAAAAUGGUGAAAGCUCAUCGUCACGCGAUUUCAUCGUCCACAUCAACGUCAUCGACUGCGGCUGUGCAGCAAACGGAUCCGCUGCGCGGCGUGAUGGCGACCAAAGAGCAAGUGGAGAUCCAGAUGUACCUGUCGAAAUUGAAGGAACUGGUGCCGCACAUGCCCAAGAACCGCAAAGUCUCCAAGUUGGAAGUGAUCCAGCACGUCAUCGACUACAUUUGCGACUUGCAGAGCGAGCUGGAACAGAACCAUCCGGCCAGCCUCAACCGCAAUCGGAGGAAACAGGCGAGACGGGCCACCACAGACGCUUCGUCGGCCGCCUCCAUUUUGAUGCAACAUCGGCAACCUCUCGGUCUCCUCGCCUCCAUUCCCAACAAAUCGAUCGAGGUGAAUAACACGACGGGAGAGAACAAGAACAUCAGUGACGUCAUCGUUCCUUGUUAGGAUUCCCCCCCCCCCUCAACUUCCAGUGUGUGUGUGUGUGUGUGUAAGGUGUGCGGCAGCCCGAAGAAAAAUAUUCUAAACUGCGCCAAUGUUUUCAAGUGGACAAAAACGAAAGGCAACACACAACAGCAACACCACUAGUCCUCGAUUUCUCCCUUCUUCUUUUGUUUUUCUUCAUUUGUUUAUCAAAGUAAAGAAAACAUCAAUCACACCAAACACCUAUUGGCUAUGUGGAGACACGCAAUUUUGUUUUUUUUGUUUGUUUUUUUCAAACACCUCCACUUUGCUAUUUAAAAACAAAAAGAAAAAAAAAAAUAUGCUAAAUAUAUUCUAUUAUAUAUUGUUUCGUCUGUGAUACCUUUUAAACCCCCCCCCCCUCUCUCAUCUUCCUCAUUUUUUGGUAGAUAGUUUAGGAACGAAUACGAAAUGGACCCACCAACCCACCUCUCCCUACUUACUUUGUGUAUAUUAUUUACAAAACAAAACAUAGUCGACACACACACACACAGACACACCCACACGUUUAUUUUUUUUUACAUCAUCAAUUCAUCUCAUCCCCCACCCCCCUCCAAAUGUGAAAUACGUGUCUGAUUUUUUCAACCCCGAUGGUUACGGGUAUUUGAAAUCAAUUUGAAAUCAUUUGUUUUCGUCUUCUUUUAAAAUUCGCCCUUUUUUUUUUUAAAUCGUUUUUUUUUUUGUCUUUUUCAAAACGAAAAAAAAAAAAAAAAAAAUGACGACAUUCACCAAUACAAAAAAAAAAAUUCAAAAUGUGGAACAAAAA